AUGUCUCGCAAAGGCGUGGGCCUCGCGGCCUUUGACCGUUCGCGUAUCACAUCCGCGCAAUUCGCUUCUCACGGCUCCUCCCUCCGCGCCAACAACGCACAGGCUCUCGAGACCCAACUCGCCGUCUUCCGCUCCCUCCUACAACAAUUCGCAAACACACACGCCCGCGACAUUCGCUCCGAUCCAGCUUUCCGCGCCCAGUUCGCUCGCAUGUGCGCUGCCAUCGGCGUCGAUCCCCUUGCCAGUAGCAAUAGCAACAGCAGCGCAGACGGGAGCUCGAUAUGGGCGCAGUUGCUGGGAAAGACGGUCAACGACUUCUACUUUGAGCUUGCUGUGCGCAUCGUCGAGGUCUGCGGCGCUACCCGUGGAGAGAACGGUGGUCUUAUCGGCCUUGCUGAGUUGAGGGAGCGUGUUGCCGCGGGACGCAUGGAUGGCGCCGAUCCUAUCGCCGACGACGACAUUCGGCGUGCGGUGCAGACGCUUGCUCCUCUCGGCGGCGCAUACGCUGUUUUGCGUGUCGGUCGUAAGGAGUAUGUGCGGAGCGUACCCCGUGAACUCAACGACGACCAGGUAUCUGUCGUUGAGGCAGCGCAAGUGCUGGGCUACGUGAGCGUAGGCAUGUUGAGCGAUAAUCUAGGCUGGGAUAGAGCUCGCGCCCGUACCGUGAUAGACGAUCUUGUCGCGGGCGGUAUGCUAUGGCUAGACAAGCAGACAAAAGGCGAAUGGGAGUACUGGAGCCCCGGGUUUAUGGCCGAUGUUGCUGGCCCAGAGGAAGGAGGUUGA